AAGGCUCAAAUGGGUAUAAUCAAAACCAGUUUUUCGUUCAUGACGGGGACGGUGUUCGGGGUCUACAUAGCCCAGAUCUACAACGUUCCCAACAUUCACAAGCUUGUCAAUUCUGCGCUCUUGAUCGCCAAGCACAUUGAAGAGAAUUAUCGGAAGCCGAAGAAGAGGGAAGAUGAUGAGUAGUUGCGGAGACACAACCACCAUCGUUUAACCCCAGGUUUUAUUAGCUUUAUUUUUUUUUUCCCUGCGGAAUUCUAUAUAUAGAAUGGUUUAUAUGGGGAUUAGAGUUGGUUAUGAUCAAUUGCAA